UUUUUAUUUAGAGGAAAACAGUGUUUUUAUUAUACUUUUACCUAUUUUAUGUAAACAUAACCGUCAUACAAUCGUUAUAUGUUGUAAUACCCGGUAAGAGAGCUGGAUCAAACAUUAUUUUUCACAAAGGCUUUAAAUACAGUCGUGAUUCAAGCAGUACACAUAUAUUUCGGUGCUCAAGAAGAAAAUCUGGAUGUACUGCUUAUCUAAAUUUCCUUGUUGCUAUUGAUGAUAUUGAGGAAUGUUUGGAUUUGGAUGAAGAUGACGACUGCACUGUGGAAAAUAUGCAUGAUCAUUUAGAAGAACCUUACGGUGGAGAUUGGUCCGAUCUUCUAGAAAUUAUGAAAAAGCGAUGUAGGGAGACAAAUGAUGGACUAAAAGAAAUCUUCGACGAUGUGUGUCGUCCAUUUCCUGAGAUAACCGCCCAUUACAGUUUUGAAUCAUGCUCAAGUAUAUUGUCCCGAGAACGGAAAAAUCACAGAGGAAAAAUACCUGACAGUUUAACAAAACGACAAUAUUUUGUAUGAAAAUAAAAUUGCUAAAGGUUAUGUAUCAGUCGGAGGAAAAUCUGCAAUAAUUUUUACUACCAGCAAAUUACUGGAAGCUUUAAACGAAUCGAACGAUAUAUUUAUGGAUGGUACCUUCGAAAAUACUUCACUACGCCCAAAAAUACAUCAAAUCUACACAAUUCACAUUAAAUGCAGAGAUACGUAUGUUGGAACAGUAAUCGUUUUUAUGGAGAAUAGAACAACUGAAAUGUAUAAAGAAGUUUUCAAUUGGUUAAAAAUCCGUGCAAAGUCUAUUGGAACUAAUAAUAAAUUUAUUAUUAUUAGCGAUUUCGAAAAAGCAACUAUUAAAGCGCUGAGGGAAUGUUUUCCGUUGGCCAAAGUCCAUGGUUGCUAUUUUCACUAUUGCCAAGCUGUUAUUAAACGAUGGACUAAACUAAGAUUAGACAUACCCGAUCAAAUCUUAUCCAUGGUACUUACUAUUCCUUCACUGCCUGCCGAUAAAUUUCCUGAAGUAGAAGAAAUUCUCAAAGACGAGAUCAAAAUAAAAAAUUUGUCUGACAGAGAUCCGAAUAUUUUGUUGUUUAUGGACUAUUUACAUAAAACGUGGAUAAAUGCAGCAAAUCAUGUUAGUGUACAUGAUUGUCCAAAUUUGAACAAUGACGCAUGUGAAAGUUUUAAUCGCCAUAAUAAAAAAAAACUGGGCGGUAAACACCCGUGCAUCUGGGAACUAGUCGAUGGUGUUGAUAAAGUGCUAAAAGAUGAAGAAAUAAAUUACAGCAGGCUGCUUACGAAUGCUAAAAAACCGAAAAGAAACACACCCAAACAUGUUAUUGAUCGGCGUUAUUAUAUUAAUAAUUUGAGACAUGAAAUUGAACAAGAGAAGAGUAGAUUUAAUAUAAAAAAUUUCAUGAAAAUGAUUCCAAGGUCAUUACUUGAGCUACAACAUACGUUAAAGCAAAUAAUUGGGAAUAAUGCCGAUGAUAUAGAUUAUGACUCUUCGGUACCUGCGGAGCUGGACAUUUUUGAAACUGAUCAAAAUGAAAAUAUAAAUAAUAUCAAUUUACUUAAUGAAGUAGAGCAGUUAAUACCUUCAAAAUCAUGUAAUCCAUUCCUCAAUCGAAGAUUACAGAUUUUAAAAACUGAGAAAUUACCAAAAAAAAGUAAUUGUACACUCACCACUUCUACAUUACUAAGUACCGUAACUUCUGGUUCACUAAAUGUACCUGAUGAGCAUUUGAAUAACUCAACUACCACUUCAACAGUCACUACAGAGACCCCAUCGUCUACAAAAAUUAAUCCUCGAAUUGACACACCACUUACUGCAUCCUUUUCGGUAACACCAGUUACAAGCGUUACUGAACAAUCUCUCCCACUUUAAACAACUACUUUUAACUCACUAAAUAAAAUCGUUAGUAUUAGUGAAAAUAAACAACAGUUAUCUGACAACAAUAAUUUUCAACAAAUAAUGAUAAAUAACAAAUGGGUUAUUUUCGAAAAAAAUAACCAGUCAGAACGAUUGAAAUCAACAUUAAAAAACAAUUUAGUUUAUAACCAUUUGUCAAACGUAUUCAAGACAGUAAAAAAUAAAAAAAUUAGUGAUAAGUGGCUAAGAGAAACCAAGAAGAAGACAACGGGGGGAAAAAAGUAACAGCAAAGGAAAAUAAAAAGCCAGUAAAUCAGUCAUCAAGGGCUGCUGUUACAACCCAUCCAGCUCAUGUAUCAUUUAACUCGCUGCCUGCAAGUGCGCGAUCUACUGCUGCUGCUAAUAAUAAUGCUCAAAAUAUGCUCGGUCCGUUAGCGACUGUUAAUGGAUGGACUGGCUUAGUUGGUGAACAAUCAGCUUUCCAAACUGCUAUUGUACCUCAAUCAAACGCCGUUAUUAAUAACAUUUUUAAUUUAUAAAAAACAUUGUAUUGAAAUCUUAAAAAUAUCAAAAAUUAAUCGCCUUAAAAUUAAUAUUCUACGAAACACGACAGCUGCCAUGUGUACCCUCGCAGAUUUGAAUCACGGUGGAAACACCGUGGAAGUAUAAACACCGUGGAUCCACCGUGGUUACACGGUGGGUUUGUUCCAUUUCACCACCGGGUAUACACAGUGUAUCCACUGUGAUUACGCGGUGUAUCCACCCUGACUCCACGGUGGCUUUGUGCUAUUUCACCACCGUGGUUCCACGGUGUAUCCACCGCGUAAUCACAGUGGAAACACCGUGUAUACACAGUGUUCAAGCCACCGUGGAAUCAUGGUGGAUACACCGCGUAAUCACAGUGGUAGAAUGGAACAAACCCACCGUGUUUCCACCGUGAUUCAAAUCUGCGAGGGUAGAGAACGAUUCCAAAUUAUAGUAGAAAAUUAUUUAGUAAGUAAAUUUUGUAUGCACUGGAUUAUUCAUAUUUAUUAUUUUUCAAUAAAAUAUUAACAAUUUAAAAACUAAGACAUUAAAAUAUAAUUAUAUAUUAAUAUAAAUUUAAUACAUGAAUAUGAUUUUAAAUGAAGCAAUUGGUGCGAUGAUGGUAAUUAUUAUUAUCAUUAUUAUUGUUUAUAAAAAAUAAAAUAAAUAUAAUGACAUGAAUAUAUUAAUAAUAAUAAUAAUGAAAGUGUAUUUUUUUUAAAAGUAAUUCGUUAAUAUAAGAAUAUAAAUAACGAUUAGUCGUAAAUAUC